AUCUAUAAGUUUAAGUACGUCUUUAAGUUACAUCCACCGUCAAGAGACACAAAAUGGAAGAGAAGAACCUGACCUUGACACUUUACGGGGUCAAGGACCUGCGCCUGGUGGAGAAACCAGUCCGUGAGCCACAGUAUGGAGAGGUCCAGAUCAGUGUUCGAUCUGUUGGAAUCUGCGGCUCUGACGUCACCUACUGGCAGACGGGGAGGAUCGGUAGCGUCGUGGUCACUGACCCGCUGGACAUGGGUCAUGAACCCAGUGGGGUGGUCAGCAAGGUGGGAGCCGGGGUCACUGACCUGAGAGUAGGUGACAGAGUUGCCAUAGAGCCCCUGAUUUCCUGCCAGAGUUGCCGUUACUGCCGGCUGGGCAAGUACAACGUAUGCAGCAACCUGAAGUACCUGGCCUCACCCCCAACUGACGGAUGUCUGACCCGAUUCUUCUGUCACCCCGCCCACUCGGUUCACAGACUUCCAGACAACGUGAGCUUUGACGAGGGCGCCCUGGUGCAGCCUCUGGCACUCGGCUUCCACGCCUGUGAGAGGGGGGAGAUCACUGUAGGUCAUUACGUCCUGGUGUCUGGCGCAGGUCCUCUGGGAAUGUCCGUUGUGCUGGCUGCUAAAGCUUUUGGAGCUGCCAAGAUCUGCGUCACAGACAUCGACCAGAGUCGUCUGGAUUUUAUAAAGAACAUCGGAGCAGGCGUUACAGUGACUGUCGGCGCCGAAACACCGGAAGUGACGUCACAGAAUGUCAAACAAAGUUUGGGGCGCGAUGCAGACGUCGCCAUUGAGUGUAGCGGAGACCAGAGGGGCGUGGCUAAUGUUAUAUAUAGCACCAAACACACGGGUAAAGUUGUGAUCGCAGGGUUUGGUGACGUCACAACGUCCGUUCCGCUGGUGGAGGCGACCUUGAAACAGCUUGACCUUCGCGGGAUGAUUCGGUUCGCUAACAACUACCCCACUGUGAUCGAGGCUAUAGCGUCAGGCCGUGUGAACGUCCUACAGCUGGUUACCCACAGGUUCCCCCUGGAGAGGGCGCUGGACGCCUACAACAUGGCGCUGAGGAGGGAGGGCGUCAAGAUCAUCAUCGACUGUCACAAGCCAGUCACGUCACUCUAGUGCUUUACCACAGGACAACGGUCAAGAUGACACGUCCAGUUUAAAAUAAAGCAAAUGGACAGUCCUCAAAUCAAUUCAAAUUUCCGGAGUUUUCAAAUUUACAAGGUUUAAAGCGUCAAAUGUCUGUAAUCUUUCAUGAGCAGCUUUAAUGUCAUGAUUCGUGUUGAACCUUUCACCUCUAUAACUCCAGCCUUUCUCUGUUAAAAUUCCAGUAAAAAUUAACAAAAAUACAAAU